GGAACUAAAUUCUUCAUCCGGGAUAUAAACCAGGAGCGUUGCGGAAGGUUAACCUUGUGAAAGUUAGCCAUUAUUACUAUUAAAUAUCAAACGAACUUAAAAAGAAAAUGUUGCAACUUUUUAGAAUAAUUGCUCGAAGAAGUGGUGUAGGACUUCGUGCAUAUUCUACAGAUUUUGGAGGUGCACCAUCAGCUGGUGAACAUUCAGGUGGAGCAAGGUUAUGGAAAAUUUUAAGCUUUACAGUUGCUAUCCCAGGUGUUGCUGUAUGCAUGGCUAAUGCUUACAUUCGAGAAAAAGAGCACGAGCAUGAUGAGAGACCAGAGUUUAUCCCAUAUGAUCACCUCCGCAUUCGCAAUAAGCGUUUUCCCUGGGGUGAUGGAAACAAAACUCUGUUCCAUAAUCCUCAUGUUAAUCCUCUUCCUGAUGGCUAUGAGGAUGUCCACCAUUGAUGACUUAAGUAAUCCCCAACAGAAUGUUAGACAAGAAUGUAAUUUUAGUUGCAUGUUGAAAUUCUUGUACUUGAACUGGUUGAGCAGAAUACUGGUGUUUGAUAAGAAAUUAUUAUCAGGAAUAAAUAAUGAAAGAAAAAAACAGUAGUUAUAUGUAUAUAGAUACAAAUUUCAAUUAAUAAAGAAUACUUGAAACAGGUU